AUGGAAAGCGCGGAUCCUUCAACUGUUGGAAUGUCUGACGACUUUGAGCGAGAUAAUCAAAAAGAUGUUGAUGUUGAGUCUUCCCAAACUCAACUUAAUUGUGACGAGUUAAUUAACUCUGAAAUAAUAAUGGACUUUACUGACUGGUCGACUGAUAUAUCAUUACAAGAAGUCAUUAUAAAUGAUGAAGCAUUUGCGUAUAUGGUAGAAGACGAUAAUUUUGACAUGUUAGAAUAUGAAAACAUCGUAAAUGCUUUGAACGAAACGUUGAUUGAAAAACAGUCGCCAGAACCUUUGAAUGAAGAAUUACAAGCAGCUGUGGAGUCAAUUAAGAUCUAUAACGAAAUUUCUGGAAACAUGAGUCACAUUAUUGAGGAAGAGAAAAAAUUACUCAGUAAUUUUUUUAGAAACAAUUUCAACAAUAAAUGUGGAGAUAAAAAUGAAUCGAGCAUCGGAACGACAACUAUCGAUUCCUUACUAAAACUGCACAAGGAACAUCUUGGAGACAAUGACGAACAUUUAUUUACAACUAAUGUUGGAAUGAAUAUAAGAGUUAUGGAUCUAAAGAAGCUUGUUCCGCCAAAUAAAUUAAAUGAUGAAGUAAUUAAUCUUUACUUAAAAAUCAUUUCAAAUGUGUCAUUGGUGGAUACUUAUGUAUUCGACACUCAUUUUUAUCCGCAAUUGAACAAAGGUUUUACAUAUGUCGAAAAAUGGACUAAAAACGUUGACAUUCUAGCAAAAAAUAUUAUUUUCAUUCCAAUCCAUUUGGGAAACCACUGGACGUUAUGUGUCGUCGAUGUAACCGAUUCUACUAUUUGGUACUACGAUAGCCUUGGUGGAAAAAAUGAAAAAACUUUAAACAUUAUUGAGACAUACCUAACUACAAAAGAAAAACAGCAAUGUCCGAAAGAAUAUUCUGCUGCAAAGCCGAGGAAAUGGGCAAAAAAGCAUGCUAAAAAUAUUCCUCUGCAGAAUAAUGAUUAUGACUGUGGCGUAUUCGUUUGUUAUUAUGCAAAGCAGUUGUCGAUGUUAAAACCGAUUACGAAUAUAAAUACUGCUAACAUGAAACCAUUCCGAACGCUGAUGCUUCAGGACAUAUUGGAGACGUACGAACCAUUGUCACCAUCAGCGAAUGAUCAGAAUAAACAACUUUCUGAAGAAACGAUUGGAGUAUAUUUAUACCAAUCGGCCAAUUACCACCAAGGCAGCUUAGGAUUAUUCACACACCAGCAAACAGGGUUACAAUGUACUGCUAUCGCAACAUAUGCGAUAGCAGCAUUGCCUAAUCAGUUGUCAAAUGUAACUGCAAAAGACUUAGACGAUAUUCUUAUUGGUGGUGACAAGUAUUAUUUACAAUGUAGAGUCGCCGCUAGUGAAGAUAUGCUGAAUAUAGAUGAGCUAUUAUCAAAUAUUCUGAUUAAAAAUCAGCUUGUGGUAAUGGCUCAAAAAAAUGAUGUUUGUUAUGGGUCAUUGGUCACGCAAAAUCCUUUAAGCUGCUUAUAUACGAAUAUAAUCCAAAAAGUUCUACCAAAGAUUGAGAAAAACUCAGGAUUUUUGUUUAUUACUCAAGGAAAAACUGUGGCAUUUAAAUAUCUUAAUUCGCCACAUUCGAACGAACAACAUUUUUUCCUUUUUAACUCUCACUCAGUGGACAAAAAUAACUGUUUAGUAGAGAACAACACUAACGGCAAAGCUCAACUUUUUCAAUGCUGUGGGCCAUUAGCAUUGGCUAAGGCAUUGUUAGCUGGGGCAAAUUUGAAUUGUGAACCAAAUAAUAGCUUUUGGGGAAUUUAUCAAAUAAAAUUCUCAAUAAACACAUAA